AUGGGAAAAUCAUUUUAUACUCUUGUAUCUUUAUUUCCUAUAUAUAGUAAUAUUAUGGAUAAAUUUAAAAAUAUGUCUCCAUCAUCUGUAUGGCAAGAAGCUUGUUCUGAUGAAAAAAAUGGAAUUUCAAUAAAUACGACAACGUGUUACCAGACGUUUUUGUUUUUAUCUGAGUUACAAUCGAUGAAUCAUGAAACGUUAAUAGAAGCGGGCUGCAAUUAUUUGUAUUAUUGGUUAGAGAAUAAUAGUGGGGGAACAUAUUAUAAUCAGGAAAAUACAAAUCUAUUUUAUAAAUUUCUCACAGUGUAUGGUAAGUCAUUGUUAAAAAUACCACAUAAAUGCAAGGCACAUAAUGUAUUUAUUACAAUGAGCGAUUCUAUAAUUCUGAAACUCAUAGAUGAUAUGUAUACAGAAUAUAAUAGUUUAAAUUGGAGAAAAAUGUACGAAAUGGGUGAAAAUAUAUUAAUGAAUUUUUAUAGUAAAGCAGAUUUGUUUAUAAGUCAGUAUAACGAACAUAUUGAAACUAAUGAGAUGGCAAGUAGUGAAAUUAGAGGUAUCCCUGUAUCUGAAAAAGAAAACUCUUGCAAAACUAAUAUAUUAUUUCCCAUAGUAGUUACAUUUGUAGUGACGACAUUGUCAUCUAUAUUGUUAUUUAUUUUUUUUAAGUUUACAGCAUUUGGCCCUUCUCUAAUCUAUAAAAUAUUCAGGAAAAGAGAUUACUUGAGUAAUAUACAUGGAAAAAGAAAUGAAUUGCAACAUUCUGUAAUAUCUGAAUGUACAUUAAAUAAUACAAGAUAUAAUGUAUUAUAUAAUUGUGAUUAA